AUGUUGCAUAGUGCGGUGCGUAAAUCGUAUAGGGCUAUGAAUAAGACAUCAUCAUCAUCAUCAACAUCAUGAACAUCAACGUUGGGAAUCAAUUAAUAAUUUGUAUGUUAUUGGUCAUCAUAUUAAAUAUCGGCUCAAUAAAUCCAAUGAAAGUUUCAUUUUAUGGAGAUGGAUAUAUUACCAUGCCGCUGCAGGAAGCAAAAAUGUCGACCAACAUUCGCAUAAAAUUUCGAACUCAACAAGAGAAUGCAUUCCUCUUUUUAGCUGACGGAAGAACUGACUAUUGUCUAAUUCGUUUGGAUGGAGGCAUCAUAAAUUUUACUUUCAAAAUUGAUAGAGAUGUCAUACAGUUGAUUUCACCAAAAAAACAAAAACUAAAUGAUUUGGAGUGGCAUGACAUAGCCAUCCAAAGAUACGAUAGCAACAUAACUCUUCAAGUAGAUGCAAGUAUUAUUCGAAAAUCUUUAAGGAACGGGCUAUCGGCUUUCAAUGUCCAUUACGGAACAUAUUUGGGUGGAGUUGGUGAGUUCAGAGCUGAAUAUGUUAAGGAUGUUAACAAUUUUCGAGGUUGUAUAUCUGAUGUCUUCUAUAAUAACAUAAAUAUAAUCAAACGAGCAAAAGAACGUAUUAGUCAUACAACGAGUAUUGGAGUAUCGUGGACAUGCAGUAGUGAGUUCGACGCGGGAGCCAUUGAGCCCAUAAGCUUUUUAAAUGAUGAUUCGUUUGGACUUCUAGUAAAGGAAAACAAUCCAACUGCAGAAUCGAUUCUUUUUGAACUUCGCACCAUAGAACCAUCGGGUUUGGUAUUUUUCAACGGAGGCUAUGAUUUUAUCCUCGUUGAAAUUCAAGACGGUGUUCUUCAUCUUAUUUUCAACAAGGGCGGGACAAUACUCAAACUAACUUCCAAUAACAAGGUAUCGGAUGGUGAAUGGCACCAAGUUGAAAUACUUUAUGAUGACGUUGAAGUUAAAUUUGUGGUUGAUAAAAUUGCUUCCAUGGAGAAUAUUGCGAACCUUUCUAAUAGUACAAUACAGUUGGAAAAAAGUUUCUUUGUUGGAGGUGUUCCGGAAAAAAUGCGUAGAAAACUUUCGAGUGAAGGUCUUAAAGUCAAUGACCAAAGUUUGAAGGGAUGUUUACGUGCUAUUGUAGUUAACGACUAUACCUUGGGAUUUCCUCAAAUGCGAGCCAGCAAUAAAUUGUCGGUGGAUUGUGUUUGGAAGUAUCCUUGUAUUGAAGAACAACCUUGCUUACUCAGUGGCGUGUGUAAUCAGUGGAGUGUUGAUGAAUUUAUUUGUUACUGCGAUCAGGCGUAUUGCAUCAAGGCUGAUUAUCAAGGUCCUUUCAAGAUUUUCGCAGAAUCCAGUACGGAAACUGAACUUCUCAAUAUUUCACCAUUACAACUUCUAGAAGGAGGAACAAUAUUCAUAACAUCGCUAAAUAUUGAUCUCCUAAUCGAACUUAAGAGACAAGAUAUUCCUGACCUAACCGUCAGAUUCAUAAUUGUACAUCAACCUAAAUACGGCACGAUCUUACAUUUCUCCAGAGACAAAAAUAAUUUUGUUCCUGUUGUUUCUUUUGGUCUAGACGAUUUGAGCACCGAUAAAUUGAAAUACGUUCACAAUGGAGCAGAAAGCUUCAACGAUCAUGCAACAAUCGAUAUGCAAAUCGAUGGUCCACCACAUAAAGUACCAGAUUACAUUUUGGGGAAACAUCGUUUUCUUUUGCAUGCUAACGUUACGCCGGUCAAUGAUCCUCCACAAUUACGAAUUCCAAGAAAUAAAAUUCUACGACUGAUUGAGGGCAUUGAAAGAGUAUUGGAUGCUGAUUUAUUUUCGAUUGAAGACCCAGACAGUCCCCCAAAUGCUUUGAUUUACUCUAUCCUACCAACAAAAGUUCCAAAAGAAAAUGAAGGACGUUUCGAGGUCGAUGGGAAACCUACUGAAACUUUUUCCCAAAAAGAUAUUGAUAUGGGAAGAGUGACUUACUUAUAUAAUACGACAACAACAGAAACGUUUUCUUACAAUAUCAAGCUUCAAGUCUCUGACGGAAUUGAGACUAGCGACACGGUUAAUCUUCCUGUUUCUGUCCAUCCAUUGGAAUUGAGACUUGUUAACAAUACGGGACUUAUAAUGAUUCAUAAAUCGUUUCUUUUUUUGACUCCAUACAAUCUCUCAAUCGUCACUAAUUCCGGGGAAGAUAAUAUUGAUAUCAGAUACGAUAUUGUUAAAAGACCACAAUAUGGAGCUAUUCAACGGUUGCGACAAGUCGAUUCUUCAUGGGUGAAUGUGGAAUGGUUUAGCGAUAGUCAAUUGCUGCUCAGUCAUGUACGAUAUGUUCAUAAUAUUGGUACUCCGUGGCAGGAUGUCUUCAAGUUUGUUGCAUCGCAUGGAUUGGUUACUACACAAAUCUUUGACUUUCGUAUUACUUUUACCAGUCUUCGUAUAACUUCGAACAAACAAUCUGUAAUAUCAAUAAACGGUUCCAAGGAGUUCAUAUUCAACAACGAUGUGCUCCUUUUCGAAACGGUACCUCUGCCAACAUUUCCACGGAACAUCAUCUAUAAAAUAAUUCAACCGACUAAAUAUGGAUCAAUUUUCGUAGAAGGCUCACGUAAGUUUGCGAAGGAAAUGGAUUCAUUCACUCAGCAGGAUGUGGAUAAAAAUCGAAUUCGUUAUGCUUUACAUCGCACGUCGUACUCGUACUUUGUUGACUAUCUUGACUUCAUGGUCUCUGUAAUGGAGUGUGAAAAUGUCAUAGGGAAGCUGAAGAUAAUUUUCACACCUCAGAAAGAGUUGGAGAAAAAGUUGUCGUUCCAAAACAAACAGCUUUUGCGAGUUCAAGAAGGUGAUCGAGCACUCAUAAGUAAAAAUAACUUCGAAAUUGCGUUCAAUAUUUACGAAAGCCUGAAUUUUUCAAUUUCCAAUCCUCCACAUCAUGGAAGCCUUUGCCAUCAAGAUACAAACACUUCGAAGCUUGAGACAAUGACAGUUUUCACCCUUGAGCAAUUGUUUCUAAAUGAAAUCUAUUACUGUCACGAUGACACGGAAUCCCAAGAAGAUUCCUUCAGCUUGCUGAUACUCUCAAAUAAAGAAGCUGACAUGCAGUUUGUGUGUCAGAUUGAUAUUCAAAUCAAGCUUUUAAAUGACAAUCCACCAUACCGCACCGUCGAUCGAAUUUUCCAUGUGGUUCGUGGUUCGGUUCGAACCAUAAAUCAAGACGAACUACAAUACAUGGACUCUGACGUUAACACCAAUCUGUCAGAUAUUCAUUUUAUUCAUGUGUCAAGUACGAACGGUGGGUUCUAUAAAUCAGGGGUGUAUAUGGAUCAUUUCAGUCAGGAUGACAUAGACAAUAGGCGAAUUGUUUUCCAACAUUCGGGACCCGAUAUUGGAACGGCUUCUUUUAUUGUUAGUGAUGGCCAAUAUGAAUCAACUGGAGUUCUGGAGAUUCAUGCGUCUGAUCCAUUUGUCUCAAUGCUUCCUACAAAUGCUACUACUGUGCAGGAAGGGAAAUUUGUCAUCCUUCGAAAUAGAGAUUUUGUUUUGGAAACAAACCUGGACAUAAAACUCGAUGGAAUUCAUUAUGAAGUAAUAACUCCACCUUCGUAUGGUAUUCUUAUGUAUUUGGGAAGAAGAACAAAUGAUUCUGUCCAUAUUAAAUCUUCGAAUCUAACAUCGCUAACUAAUUUCACUCAUUUGGAUGUGGAAAGAGAUCGAUUGGUUUAUUGGAAUACUGAAGUUGCUUCAAUGGAUAAGGUUCGGUACCGAGUUUUAAUAAAAAAUACUGUUGCUGAAGGUGAAGUCAUAUUUCGAAUAUAUCCAUCAGCUUAUUGGGAAAAUCUACUCAUUAAAAAAAAUGAAACGUUAUACGUUGAAGAGUCUACUAGUGUAUUGCUGUCGAGAGAUAUUCUAGAGGUUUCUCAUCCCAAUAUAUCACCUGGUGAUAUCACAUUUCUAGUAACUUCUUCACCUAUGCACGGAUAUUUGGAAAUGCAAUCAAUGAGCUUUGAUGACGAAUAUAACUGCAAGGUAUUUGACCAAUCCGCUAUAAAUACCAACAAAAUGUUCUACAUCCAAGCUGGAGUCAAUCAGUCAACUGAUUAUUUUGUUUUCGACGUUACUAAUGGAAUAACAUGGUUAAGAAACCUCAUGCUCAAAAUAAUUAUCAUUCCGGAAAGACUGUAUAUGAUAACAAGUACUGUAGUUGUUGUUGAAGGAAAAACUGUACAACUUUAUGCGACAGACAUUCAACCAUUUUCUGAGUAUUAUAAAAAUAAAAUAUUAGAAUACAAGAUCAUAGAAAGUCCAUCCUCUGGAUUUGUUAUGGCUGGAAACUCAAAAGUCAAGCGCUUCACUCAAAAACAACUCGAAAUAGGAUCCAUCCAAUAUGUUCACAACGGAAAUGAAAAUUCUUCAGAUACAAUUACGCUGAUUGCUUUAGCAAGAAGCAAGGAAAGUGUGCCAUUUGUUCUUAAAAUUUCAGUUAGUCCGGUAAACGAUGAAGUUCCUUACAUUGCUGUUAACACAGGUUUGCAAGUAUGGCAAGGUGGAAAGUACAUUAUCAAAAGCAGUGAUUUAUCGGCACAGGACCAUGACACACCUCCGGAAAAUCUAACAUUCAUAGUAAAUCAUAUUUAUGGUGGUUUUUUGGCACUCAAGACUGAUGUAAAUAGAAAAAUACAUCAAUUUACCCAAGAGGAUAUAAAUAAGGAAGUUGUUCAAUUUGUCCACGAUACAAAUGCUAGGAAGACUGAAAUCUCAUUUAUAGUAAAUGAUGGUCUAUUCAAUACAACCGAACAGCUUUUAAAUAUAGCCAUAAAGCCUGUAGUAAUCAUUGAAGAGCAUAACGAAAAUCUACAUGUCUUUCCGCUAACAAGAAAGCAAAUCUUACGAGAUCAUUUGGCAUUCAAAUGCUCGGAUGAGGAACGAAAGAUUCAGCUUAACAUAACUAUGCCUCCUAAUCUCGGAAGAAUUCUUUAUGAAUCGUUGGAAAACGGCCACACUACACAAGUAACAGAAUUUACUCAAGACGACAUCGAUAAUGGAAGGAUUUUUUACGAACAUACUGCCGUGAUUUACGAAUUCCGUGUUAACGAUUCAUUUUACUUUGACGUUGCUGCAGCGGAAUCUGAUCGAUUGCUGAAUCAAAAGUUUAGCAUAGAAAUAUCAGUAUCGUCUGGAGGACUUUUACGGUUCUUACCAAUACCUCAAAUAACAGUCGAUGAAGGUGGAACUGCACCAAUAAGAUUGGAUUUCAGCAAAAUUUAUGAGUACUUAAAGACAAGGGCAGGCAUAAAUAAUCCAGAAUUGUAUAUUGAAGUACCGAAGAAGCCUAGUCAUGGCCGUAUUGGAGUUGGAAAUGAUAUGAAGAUAGAAAAUCGAAUAAGUACAACAGAUUUUUCGAAGAAAAAUGUCUUCUACGAACAUGAUCAUACAGAUACCUUAGAAGACUCUAUUUUGAUGUCGGUUUAUCUAUCUCAAGGAGUAAUUUUUCUGUGCAACCUGUCAAUUCCAGUCUCCAUUACACCCAUCAACGAUCAACCAUUUACACUUAUCACACAUGCCCCACACAUGAUUGUUGUCGAGAGUGAAAAUAGAACCAUAACCAGAAAUAUGUUGCUUACUGAAGACAAGGACACUUCUCCCGAAGGAAUACUUUAUGAAGUUAUGAGCGGUCCUACGCUUGGAGUUCUCAAAAAGACCUCUCCCGAUGGCGAAGCUCACGAAUUGAUAGUUCAUUCAAAUCAAUUUACUCAAGCUGAUAUAAACAAUAAUCGAAUAACAUAUGUACACUUUGGGAACCCUCAAGUAACUAAAUUUCACUUUACCGUAUCCGAUGGACAUUUUGAUCCAGCAUAUGAAAUAUUUACAAUUAAAGUAGAUCCCAUUAAAAUUCUACCAACUGAAAAACAAACUCCAGUCCUAAUUCAGCAAGGUGGAACAACCGCUACAUUACAAGUGAUCAAUAUUGCUCUGAAGACCAAUGUGAAGCAGAACCGUCUUUUGUACAAUGUUACAAACUCACCUUUGUACGGUAUAAUAGUCCUAAGGCACCAGCCAACUCUUAGAUUCAGCCAAGAUCUUCUAGAGGAUUCACAAAUCAGUUACAUGCAGACUGACUUGAGCAGAUCAAACGACACUUUUCAAGUAUAUGCUUAUGUUCCAAAUACAAACUAUGGCACUGUUGUUGAUGUUGUGGUUUUUGUAGAACCUGCUAUUAAGAUCAAUGACAUAUGCUUGCAAAAUAGCGAAAGGGUUCGACUUGAGACUUCAUUAAUUGCUGAUAAUCCACUCUUAGCUAAAAUGAAUAAGUUAAAUGCAAAGUUCAUAAUCACACGCACCCCCAACUCAGGGCAAAUUACGAAGAUCAUCAGAAGUUCUGGAGAUUUUGAAAGCCAAAACGAAAGAAACACAAAUACAUUCUCCUACAAGGAACUCAAAAGUGGGGUUAUUUUCUUCGUUCCACAUGAAAGCAAUAAUAAAAAGCUCCCAGAUAUGUUUGAAUACAGUUUGAUAAUUAAAACCGUUCAACCCGCUCAAGGAGUUGUGAACAUAGAUUACUACAAGAAAAUAGGGAACACAAACUUGGCUACCAUCGAAAGUGAACAAUAUUCCGUGAACUACAUGGCUAUUGUUUAUAUUUGUAUACUCGUGCUUAUAAUAGUUCUAAUAGCCUUACUUGCAUUUAAACUUCGUUGCCUGAAGAAGAACCAAAUGAAUCUAUGCAAAGAGCAACCUCCAGCCUUACCAUGUCCUCCGGAUCUGACAUCAGUCAGCCCAACUCACAAUUACAACAAUUCUGAAGUUGACUCGAUACCUGCUACAGCUGCCUCCACACCCUUGCCAUGUUUCAGCAAUAUACCACACUGCAAAGUGAUGCGUGUAGAAAGUUAUAAAGUUAGUGGCACUGAUUAUGAUGAAUAUGAUAAUGACAAUGAUUACGACCUAAAGGACGAUCAGAGGGAGAUUCAGCACAUGGUACCGAAUCCGUAUCAGCAUUCGUAUGGAGAUAAUGAUACGUGGAGUUCUUCUUGUGAUAUGACUAAUGAUUUAGGAUACUCAACAGUAAAGUCAAACCAGCCGUCCAGUAAUCCACUUCUAAGACGAAACCAAUAUUGGGUAUAGUUUGAGUACAUAUUUAGGAAGAGAAAGUGACUGAUCAAUUCAGAAUAUAAGAACAUUUGGUUUUUUAAUUGUAUGUAUACAGCAUAUUUGAAGACAUUUUAAUUUUUAAAAAUAUAUACAUGUGUAUCUAUUAUUGGUUUUGACUGAUUAUGAUGAGUGUAUGACUGUAGUUUUUUUUUUUAAUUUUGAUAUAUUUUUGGCAUCU